AAAAGUCCUGAACUUGCUGUCUUAAUGUUCAGCCCAAUUAAUUGAGCUCUAAAAGAGCCACCUCAUGUGUCAUGCAUACAUUAGAGCCUCUGAUGAGUCUGUCUUUGGGGACUGUGGGGCUGCUCUACCCAGUGUCAUCACAAAUUACCAGGAGAAAUUGCUUCUAGCUCACAAUCACAUCUGCUUUUGGCAAGAACUAAUGCACCAAGACUUCAAGUUUCCAAGCCCUCUGUUCAGAUUUUAAUUGCAAUUGAUCAGGUUUAUAUUAUUGUUCCUCAAGAGACUGCAUACAGCCAGAACUGGACUUGCUCUCUUUCCUUUAGAGCAGGGCGUGCGAUUGUUUGGUACUCUGAUGGAAGUACUUUUCUGAUGGCAGAAUAUAGUUUCUCUGGGUUCAUCAGGACGGGAUGCUUCAAGAUUUAAGUGCAAGUGUCUUCUUCCCACCUUGCUCACAACACAGAACAUUAGCUCAGGUACCUGACAACGAUGAGCAGUUUGUGCCAGACUACCAGGCUGAAAGUCUGGCUUUUCAUGGUCUCCCAGUGAAAAUCAAGAAGGAACCCCACAGUCCAUGUUCUGAGCUCGGGUCGGCUUGCAGUCAAGAACAGCCAUUCAAGUUCAGUUAUGGGGAAAAGUGCCUGUACAAUGUCAGUGCCUAUGAUCAGAAGCCACAAGUGGGAAUGAGGCCCUCCAACCCUCCUACUCCGUCAAGCACUCCAGUUUCACCACUGCAUCAUGCGUCCCCAAACUCGGCUCAGAAUCCUAAACCGGACCGGGUUUUUCCUGCUCAUCUGCCUCCAGCCCAGCCCAUGCCAGAUAACAGCUUCUCUAUGGACCACAGAUUUCGCCGUCAGCUUUCAGAACCUUGCAAUUCAUUCCCUCCUUUGCCUGCAAUGCCAAGGGAAGGACGCCCGAUGUACCAACGGCAGAUGUCUGAGCCAAACAUCCCUUUUCCGCCACAAGGGUUUAAGCAGGAGUACCAUGAUCCAGUAUAUGAACACAAUGCUAUGAUUGGCGGUUCGGCCAAUCAAAACUUCCCCCCUCCUCUGAUGAUUAAACAGGAACCUAGAGAUUUUGCAUAUGAUUCAGAAGUGCCUAGCUGCCAUUCCAUUUACAUGAGGCAAGAAGGCUUCCUGGCUCAUCAAAACAGGACAGAAGUUAAGUGUGUGUGCUGUAUGUAUGAAAAGGGACCAAGGCAGUUUUAUGAUGAUACCUGCGUUGUUCCGGAGAAGUUUGACGGAGAUAUUAAGCAGGAGCCAGGAAUGUUCCGUGAGGGUCCAACAUAUCAGCGGCGGGGCUCCCUCCAGCUGUGGCAGUUUUUGGUGGCCCUUCUUGAUGAUCCGUCAAACUCUCACUUCAUUGCCUGGACUGGCCGAGGCAUGGAAUUCAAACUCAUUGAACCAGAAGAGGUGGCACGUCGCUGGGGGAUUCAGAAAAACAGGCCUGCUAUGAACUAUGAUAAACUUAGCCGUUCGCUUCGCUAUUAUUAUGAGAAGGGCAUCAUGCAAAAGGUUGCCGGAGAGAGAUACGUGUAUAAGUUUGUUUGUGACCCAGAAGCCCUCUUCUCCAUGGCCUUUCCAGACAACCAGCGCCCCUUGCUGAAGACUGACAUGGAGCGCCAUAUCAACGAAGAGGACACAGUGCCUCUGUCUCAUUUUGACGAGAGCAUGGUCUACAUGCAAGAGGGAGGCUGCUGUAAUACCCACCCGUAUAAUGAAGGCUAUGUGUAUUAACUGCGGUGACACUGAAGAAAACCCCGUCG